AUGAACGAUCCUGGAAACGAUUGGGUCAAGGUCAACAGGAAGGGGAGAAAUGCUUUCACUAGCAUCAAAUGGGAUAUCUUUAAGAAUCCCACGGUAGGUGUUAGAGGGGAUAUCACUUUGUUUUUCAUUACAGACUUUGAACAGAAAUGGGGAGCCAGAGAUCUUUUUUUCGAGUUCAAAAACCUUGGCGUGGUGGAUGAGAUUGUUAUACCACCGAAGAAAGACUGGAGAGGACAGAAAUACGGAUUCGUGAGGUUUGUCAAGGUCGAAGAUAUUAGAUUGUUGGAGAUUAAAUUAGAUAAUUUCUGGUUAGAUGGGAGGAAGCUGAAGGCCAAUGUUUCUAAGUUUAAAAGGAAAGUUCAUAAAGGUUCUAAUGAAGAUGUUGCCCAGGUUCAUGUUAGGACUGGAAGUUCCGUCUCUCGUGGACCGAUUCAGAAGGGUGACAAUAAGUUUGUGCGGGGAAAUGGAAAUGGAGGCGGAAAUGGAGGUGGCACCACCAAUGCUUUUAGGAAGCAUUCGUUAACAUACGCAGAAUCAGUGAAACACAAUGAACCGGAUAGAUUUUUUCCUGACAUAGGGGAAGUUCCCAAGCAGAAACCUUUGAAUCCUCAGAAUCCUUUGAACAACUGCAAAACAGGGGAAGCGAGCAUUUUAGAGGCAUCUCAUAAAACGUUCUUCUACAGUUCUAAGAAAGAGGAGACUGACCGUUUUCAAAAAGCGAUGGUGGGCGUAUCGAAAGCAGCUGGGAUGGCAUAUGGAGUGAGCAAGAUCCUGUUGGAGGAGGGUAUAUUCUCUGUGGUGGCAACACCACUGGGUCCAAAUCUGUGCUUGUUAGAAGAGAAAACGGAGGGGGAUUUAAAGCUGUUACUUAGGGAUGCUGGGGAUUGGAAAGAUCGAUGGUUUAAGGAGGUGAGGAAAUGGACGAAAAAGGAUGUAGAAUGCGUUAGAGCGGUGUGGGUAUCUAUAUACGGCAUCCCAUGCUUCGUGAGGAACAGAAGGUUUUGUGAGAUCUUGCUUUCAGAUAUUGGUGUGGUGGUUAACGGUGAAGAGCUUGAAGGCAACCAGAUCCGGAUGGAUGUCACAAAUGUCAUGGUGUUCACUAACCAGAUUGAAUCGAUCAACAGGAAGAUUGUGGCAUGCGUGGAUGGGGAGAUGUAUAGCAUCCUUGUGAAGGAGGAUGUGAUGGUGAGGGCGGGGGACUUGGAAGAGGUGUGGUCCGAGUCGGUUUCUUCGGAGGAGGAGACGGUGGACUCUGAAUCCAUGGCGGAGAGAGAAUCGGUGGAGGUGGGGGAGGAGGUUGCAGACAGCGCGUGGGUAGGCGAAAAUGGCCCAGAUUCCUAG